GGAGGCGGGGGGCGGCGGCUGCGGCGGCUGCAGCAGAGGGGCCGAGAGCUGGCGGCGGCGGCGGCGGUCGUGAAGGGCAUCGGCGGCGGCGAUGAUGGCAGAGAUGAUCUGAAGAUGGAAAGAGCCAGGCGGAGGGGAGGCGGCGGCGGCCGCGGCCGUGGAGGCAAGAAUAUAGGGGGCUCUGGCCUAAGCAAGAGUAGACUGUAUCCCCAGGCCCAACACUCUCACUACCCCCACUACGCUGCUUCAGCCACCCCUAAUCAGGCUGGGGGCACAACCGAAAUCCAGGAGCUGGCCUCCAAACGAGUGGACAUCCAAAAAAAGAGAUUUUACCUAGACGUGAAGCAAAGCUCCCGGGGCCGGUUCCUAAAGAUAGCCGAAGUCUGGAUAGGGAGAGGCCGGCAGGACAAUAUCAGAAAGAGUAAACUGACCCUAUCCUUGUCUGUAGCAGCGGAGCUGAAGGACUGUUUAGGGGACUUCAUCGAGCAUUACGCCCACCUGGGCCUGAAAGGCCACAGGCAAGAGCAUGGCCACAGCAAAGAGCAAGGUUCCAGGAGGAGGCAGAAGCACUCAGCACCCUCCCCGCCAGUCUCCGUUGGGUCUGAAGAGCAUACUCACAGUGUCCUCAAAACAGACUAUAUAGAGAGAGACAAUAGGAAAUAUUACCUAGACCUAAAGGAAAAUCAGCGGGGUCGCUUCCUAAGAAUUAGACAAACCAUGAUGCGGGGAACUGGCAUGAUAGGUUAUUUUGGCCACAGUUUGGGCCAAGAACAGACUAUUGUCCUCCCAGCACAAGGAAUGAUUGAGUUUCGUGAUGCCUUGGUUCAGCUGAUUGAAGACUAUGGCGAAGGGGACAUAGAAGAACGAAGAGGUGGAGAUGAUGACCCACUUGAACUCCCAGAGGGGACUUCUUUCAGAGUGGACAAUAAAAGGUUCUACUUUGAUGUGGGCUCUAAUAAAUAUGGAAUUUUCCUGAAGGUAAGUGAGGUGAGGCCACCUUACCGUAAUACUAUUACUGUUCCAUUCAAAGCUUGGACAAGGUUUGGGGAGAAUUUUAUCAAGUAUGAAGAAGAGAUGAGGAAAAUUUGCAACAGCCAUAAAGAAAAGAGAAUGGAUGGCAGAAGGGCCAGUGGUGAAGAACAAGAAUGCCUCGACUAGAGUGAAAUUGAACUCCAUCAGGCAAAAUUUAAAAUCAUAAAUUGGCUAAAAGUACUGAUCCAUAAUCAUUUGAAGAAGUUUUUCCUCUUUUUUGGCCCUUUGUUAUUAGUAAUACCUCUAGUAGUUUAUACUUCAAGAAGUCUGAUUUUCAUGUUAUGUUAUACAUAGAUCACUAUAAUUCUUAUGGGAAUUCUAACCUUCCCAGAGCUAAAUAGUUUAGCUGCUUCAACUGCUCCAGACUAUUGAAGUAUGCAAAUCAGCACAAAAUGUGACAUUCUGACCUUCUAAAUAUCAUAACUAAGAUUUAUAUUGCACUAUGACAUAAUCCUGAAAAAAAGAUACAUAUACUUAUUAUGGAAGUGUGAAUUUCUAUUUAACAAAUUUCCAAAACAGUAUUCCAUUCCUAUAUUAUUAAAAACUGCUAAGCUUACCUGUAGGACAGUUACCACAGAAACAGAAACUUUAUAUCAAGUAUCAUCAUUAUAUUUAUUUAUAAAAGAAAAAAUAGAAAUAUAUUGUCCAUUGGAUAAUAAUAUUGAACAGUACCAUUAAAGGAUCAAAUCUUAUUAGAUAAUUAAACCUUUAAUAUUCCUUAAGAAUUAACUAGAGUAUUCUAUAAUUUUCAAAUUUUGUGGUAACCCUACAGUUUACAGUUGCCAUAUCAAAGCCAUGGGAGCAUUUUAAUUGGGUAUCCUAAGCUAGUUAAAAUCUUAUCUUCACUUCUGUUUGUUGCACCAUAUAGUUGUAUUGAUUUUCUAACAGUUCAGGAAUUUCAUUUACAUUACAAUUGAGUGGGAGGCUUCAUCCAGUGGCUUUGCUAUGGAAAUUUUGGUGUUUUAGCAUUUCGUGCUAGUUUGAAGAUUGUGAUAGGUUUAUCCCUAAAAUAUGUCAUGAAUUCAAGGUAUUAUAUUUUAUGAGUUUUGUUUAACUACUUCAGGUCACCAGUUACCUAAUAUAAAACUAUAUCUGUAAUAAUAUACUUUAGUAGUGCUUUUGCAGUUGCCACCCUUAAAACCACAUCAAGCUUUCAGUAUAAACCAGACUUUUACAGGUGUUUUAAUUCCAAAAGGGGAAGUAAAAAUAUUCUUCCUAAAAAGACUUUAGAAUACAAUUUUUUUUUCCUGGGAAAAUAUUAUUUGAAAAUUAGAUUCGUUGUAAACAUAUUUGAAAGGAAAAUUCAGGCAUUUUCCAAGGUGCUCUUUAAGGUACUUAAAAGAGGUUUACUUUACACAAGACUCAUCCCUUUAUCUGUAUUAAAAAUUACUUUCCAGAAAGUGCCACAUCAAUUUUUCAACACCUAAGCAAUUUUUAAACAAGUGGAUAUAGUGUAUACGUGUACCAACCCAACCUGUAUUAACUGAAAUUUCAUCUGUUAAGCUGCACUUUAUUCUGAAUGAAAUUGUCUUUUAUCUUGGCUUUAUUCACCUCCCACAUAGUAAGUUCAUAUAAUCAUGUUCUAAGAGCCAGAACACUGAUUUCAACCCCCAAAUAUAGCUCUCAUUGAUGAGAGCUGGCUGCAUGGAUUGAGGUCAGAAUGUAGCUCUUUGAUAAGCUAUAACUCAAAAUUAUUUAAGUUUUUUCCUUCAGACUUUGUCUGCAAAUGCAUUUAAGUUUCUAAGAAAACUUUAAGGUAUGAAUUGAGAAAAUUAAUUUUAUUGGUUUAUGUCACAUAAGAACAAGCGAUCAGUAACUCAGACAUAUAUACUGGUAUUGGUUUGCAGAUUAUAUUUCACAUUUCCUCAAGUAGUAUGAGGAAUCUCAGUUUAUUAUAAUUGUGGAUCAUCUGGAUCACUAUGGAACAACUGAAGGUUAGAAGAUGAUGUUAAUAACUAAAGUUAAUAGCACAUGGUGGGUGUUGAGACAAUAAAAGUAGCAAGGAUUUUUAAACUGUAAAAUAACAUAACUUUGUAGGCUUGCUAAAAAAAUAGUUUUUCGUUUAUGAAGGAGUGAUGUGCACUUGAAUUACUGUACUACUGAUUGUUAUUGCUGCCCAUCAUAGUGCCUAUUAAUAAUCAACCUGUCAGAUUUUGGCAAACUGGAGCUGUGAAUAUUACAAAAUUUGAUUAUUCCUAUCACUAUUGCUAUGAGUGUAUGCUCUCUCUUAAAACCUUCAUUUUAAAAAUAUUUAUAUCCAUUAGGAUUAAAUGAUUUCUUUUUUGGUCUGAUAAGAUUUGAGUAUGUGUGUGUACGUAUACAUAUAUAUGUAUAUAUACACAAUACUAUGUCAGACUUAAAUAUUUUAAUUCAUUGUAUAUAAAAUUAUUAGUUUAAUUUUGCAUUAAUUAUUUAAGUAAGGAAUUAGUUAAGCAGCCAAAUUUUCUGCCUUGUAUGUAUACUUCAAAGUUUUUACCAUCUCAAAGCUGCAAAUUGGAUAGAUGGAUAUAUACCGGCAAUUGAAUAUACUCUUAGAAUCAUUAAGGCUUCUACCAGUCCUUUUGUUUCACUUUUUCAUAGUUAACAUAUUCAUUGAGAAAUGAAAAUAAUGCUAUGAUUUUUGAUACUAAAAUAUCCCAAGAAUUCAUUAGCCAUAAUUAAGCAUGAUCCAGUUCAAAACUCUGGUAUUAGGACAUGUAAUGCCAUGUAUCUUAUUAAAUAAGCUACUAGUCUUAUCUGUGCAAUAUAUAUUUUAUUGUCAUUUGUAACAUAAAUGGAGCUGCAAGUAUACAUGGUAUUCCUCAAAACAAUAGGAUCUUUGCCUUGAAGACAUUAAACUCUUAAGGCAACUGGACGUUGAAGUAAAAAAUGAGCAUUGAAGUUAGUAACCAAAAUUACUUGUUCACUGCAUAAUGCUAAAACACUGAUGAUGUUUGCACAUAAUAAUCCAAGCAUAAUGUGGUACGGACUCAAACUGUAAUAGUAUAAGCUAAUAGUAUGAAAUUUGGAAACGGGUCCUCAUAAUUGUUGGCAGUGUGCUCCUAGCAAUUGAAAGCAGCACUAAUUUGUUGCUUAUAUGCAAAAGAUGCAAUGUAUUAUAAAGGUAUUAAAGUUCUGCCACAUUUUAUAAUUUUCCUUAUUAAAGCCCCAAACUGCCAUGUCCCUUAAACUUGAGUCAAACACAAGCAUAUUUGCACUAAAGAGCAUGGCCAAAAAAAAAAAAAAAAAAAAUGACAGGGUGGAAAAGCUAGUUGGAACCUCUUGAAAAAGUUGGUUCUAAUAAGAGAAUUUCACAUUUGUCUAUUUGAAAGCUAUAUGGUCCAGGCAGACAAUCUGUCAGUUCACUAAUUUAAUAAUGCACUUUACCUUUUGUAUAUAGAAGAUGUACAUUUAUGCCACUUGACAGGUGGGAUGUGUUCCAGUAACUACGUAGUUAGAAUCUGUAGGGUGAUCUCUUGCAUGCAUAUGUUUGUGUUGGAACUGUUGUUGUAACAGGUUUCCAUUAUAUCAGUGUAAUGGAGAAGGGUAGAAGAUGCUUUUGAAAUAAAUCCCAAUACAUUUAACAAAGAAUUUUAAAGUAGAGUUCAUAUUUGUAUUCUUAAAGACUAUUUCUAGUCCAGAUUAGUAUUGCAGUUCAGGCUGUAUCUAUUUGAAGACACACCCUCCAUAAUACUCUGAAAGUUAAUUCUGGGAAUUUUUCCAAAUUAAAAAAAAUUUUAAUGAUUCUGUUUUAUUCUGAUUCAAGUAACUGAUAAUAAGAACGUGAUUCUAUACUAAAGUUACAAGUAUGGGUUAGCUGGUAUUUUUUAAACACUCAGACUAAAGAAAUAAUGUUUCAAGUUAAAGAAGUGCAAAGAGCCUAAUAAGUUACUAAAAUAAAUACAACAAAUCAAAAUUUGCAGAAGUACUAACCCUUCGCCAACUAAAAAGGGUACUGGAGGAAUUAGUGUAUCUUUCCCUCCUAAAAACUUCCUAAGAUGUACAUGUGAAAAGUAGAUAAUUGUUGCUUAAUAAUAGGUUGUAUGUACUUUACUGAAAACACUGUGUACUAACAAUUCAUCAAAAGUGUGCUAUAUUUACUGCAUUCAUUUUAUAUCUAUAGAUAAGAAUACAUUAUAUAUAGUCAUCCUAUCUUAAUAUAAUCAUGUAUUUAUAUUGUAAUUUUGCAAAUAUUUUCAGUAAAAUAAACAUUUAUCUCAGCUGCACAGUUUGAAGAGGAUGAAAUUGAAAUACACCCUCAGAUACUCAUUUUUAAUAAGCAGCUACCAUUGAAAGCUGAUGUAUGUAUUGUCAUUCCUUUAAAUUUUGUUUUAUAGUUAUUUUAAUAUUUAAAUGAGUAAGAUUUAACUUGAAUUUUUGAGUGGUUUUCUAAAAAUAAUUUUUUCAUGUGUGAGAUAUUUUUGUCCUGCUUAUUUCCAAAUGUCUUUCAUUGAAACUAUGAAAUCUUAUUCCAAGCUUUAUGUGAGAGCUUUGCUUAGUCACCACUUAGUUUGAAAUCGUCUUUACCAAAAUACCAAACACCUUUGGCAGAAUAUUUAACAAAGAGAAGUUGACACUGAUUCUAUGCCUAUAAAAUAAUGCAGGUAUGAUAUUUAUCACUGCCAGAUAAGAUUCUUAAAAUCUUUCUGAAGAUUCCUUAAAGAUUUCUUGACUUUCAUAGAGAAAUGAUGGCUGUUGGCUAGCCCAUGAGAGAGGGAAUAAAGAUACUAGCAUGCUGUUGAGACAAUCCAUAGUCCACAACACUAUAGCAAUGAAGUACAGGAAAAAUGUGUUUCCCAAUUUAACAUCAAGUGAAUAUUGUGGUUUUAGAUCACAGUAAAUCUGUCAUAAAGAAAAUAUACCCAAAUUUAUGUUAGGUAGGUUUUAGAAAAAUAAUAGUAUAUUUUCUUGUAUGAUGGAAAAUAUCAGCCCAUGUUCUUACUUUGACAUUACAUUUUAAAUCAUUUAAAUUUAUUUUAGUAGUGGAUUCUAAUAUUUUUGUAAUAGGGAAAAAUAUGCAUAUAGUACAAAAUUUAAAUGCUACAGAUGGGUAGACAAUGAAAAGUAGUAACCAAUGUUAUUCAAUUUCUUGUGUAUCUUUCUAGAGUUACUCUGCAUAUACAAAUGUUUAUAUACAUAAAUUAUUCUUAAACAUACAAAUUAAAACAUAUACUUUCCCAUACCUCGUGGUAUUACUUUAGAUCUGGCAUUUAAGGGAUUGUUUUUAUUUAAAUUUAUUUAAAUAUCAUACUUGACCUAGUUAACAUGUCAUUUAAUUUACAUUAUAUUAUUACACCAACAGAAUGUCAAGGAAAUUUUGAAUAAAUUCCUUUGGUAAUUACUUAAAAUACAAAUAUAUAUAUAUGUUUUUUAAUUUUUAAAAUUUACAAAUAUUCUCUACCCUAUUCUUAACCAUCUUGCCUUUCUAUAUUCCCCCUUUUCUUUCCUCAAAAAGAAAUUUUUGGUCUUUUUUCCUAAAGUAACACAGUUUAGGAGUAGCAAGAUAUUAAAUGAUGUAACCAAGUGUUAUUUUAAGUUAACUACAUUCUAUAAUGAGAAACACUCAUAUUAAAAGCUUUAACAAAUUGUAAUUUUCAGUUUUUACUAAUCCUGUUACUAUUAUUUUUUAAUCCAAAUACCUUGCCAUUGUAAGAGCCAAUGAGUAUUAGAACUAUAUUGAAAGAUUAUGACUUUUGAAAUCAUUUGAUUAUUAAUAUAAAGCCUUUAUCAUAAUAAUAUGAAGGGUAUAAAUGACUGCAUCAAAUCCAAGUAUAUGCAAAGAAAUAACAUUGGUCCUAAUUGUUUAAAACAUUAUUUUUUUUUUUUUUUAAUUGAAGAACCCAGUAUCUGUCAGAAAUCCUUGGGAUCAGAAGGUGAUGAUUUGGAAAAGAGUAAAAAUGGAGAAUUUGAGAGUUAAAAUUACCUUCUCCAUUCUCUGCUGGAAGAAUAUUAAAUUAAUAAUGUAAUUGUAUUAAAAUGAAGUUAGCAUUAUUACUAAACCUGAAAAUAAAAGCAAAAUUACUUUAAUAAUUUCCUGAACUACCCCUCCCCCUGCCAUAUCAUUUUAUUUUGAUCUGGCUUCCCUACCCCAUUACUAUCCUGGGGUCUAAUACCCAGGACCUCAUGCAUGCUAGGCAAGUGCUAUACCACUAAACUACACCGCCAACCCUCAAGUAUGCAUAUUAAGAUCACUUUUAUAUUGACCAUGAAAAAAAAUAUUAAAUGAAAAAUUAAAGAUCCCAUACUUGACCCCUUCAAUCUUAUAAAUUAAAGUAGCCAGAGUAAAAAAUACAAGCCAGCAGAUGUGGCAGCUCACACCUAAAAUCCCAGUGACUCAGGAGACUGAAGGCAGGAGGAAUGCAAGUUUGAGGCCAGUCUCAGCAAUUUAGUGAGGCCCUAAGCAACUUAGUGAGAUCCUGUCUCAAAAGUAUAAAAAAGGCCUGGGGAUGUGGCUCAGUGGUAAGCACCUAAGUACAAAAAAAAAAAAAAAAUACGAUUAGAAAAAUUUUUUAAUGUGGAUUAAGAAAGAAUAUUUUAAUGGAUUGGUAUCUGUAAAUUUUAUAAAAAUACUAUAAGGUGGAAAUUUUUAAGGCAAUGAUUUAACCUUUAUAAUAAUUUUUCCAUGAUUGAUGGCAUUAUUUUCUGUUUAUCAAAUGAGAAAGGUAUUAUUAGAGGACAGGAUGCUCAUAAACAUACUUUAAAUGCAUAAGAGUUUCUUUUCUUAUUUUUUAUUGGUGCAUGAUAAUUAUUCAUAAUAGUGGGAUUCAUUAUGCCAUAUUCCUACAUGCCCAAAACAUAAUUUAAUUAAUCUCAUUCCCUAGUAUCUCUCUUCUUUCUCUCCCCUUCCUCCCCCUAAUCACCAUAAUCUACUACUCUCAUCUCUCUUCUAUUAUUUUUAAUUAGUGCACUAUAAUUAUAUACAAAAGUGUAGCAUUCAUUUUUUGUAUAUUCAUACAUGAAUAUAUCAUAAUUUGGUAUAUUUCAUUUCCCCUCUACUACUUCCCCAUGCCCUUCCCUUUUCCCUCCCUCUCAAUUCCCUUCCUCUUCUCUGUUGAUAUCCCUUCUAUUUUCUUGAGAUCCCCUUUUAUCCCCCACCCCUGUAGUUUCCAUAUGUAAGAGAAAAUACUUGAUCCUUGGCUUUUUGAGUCUGGCUUAUUUCACUUAGAAUUGUUCUUUUGAUUAUGGAUAACUCAUUCAUCUUGAUCAUCAUAAUCAUUGAUUAUCCUUUACAGAAUCUGUAGGGUUGACUUAAAAAAUAUCCAGGCAUUUAUUUGUUUAAACUUAAAAAUGCUGUGUUUGUAUAUUUCUCCUUAUUUAAAGAAGGGGUCAAAAAGGAAGGUAAAUUCACUUUCGAGAAUGAAUUUUGGCCAGGCAUGGUGGUACACACGUGUGAUCCCAGGAAGGUUAAGGGGGAGGCUGAGUCAGGAAACCAACAAGUUUGAGGUCAGCCUGGACAACUUAGACCCUGUUUCAAAAUAAAAAGGGCUGGGGAUGUAGCUUAGUGAUAGAGUACUUACCUAGCAUGAGCAAAGCACUGGGUAUAAUCCCCUAUACUGCAAAAAAAAUUUUAAAAGAAUGAAUUUUGCUUGAAUUUAAGCCAAAAAAGUUACCAAUUCCCCCAUCCCUAGUUACGAGUUUUCCAUAUUUGUGUUUUCUGGUAAAUUAUGUUUUCCAUAUUUUAUCUUUUUUUAAGUAUCCCUUGUGAAAAAUUGCUUAUUCUUGAGGCCAGUGAUAUUCACCAGUAAAUUAAGGCAUAAUGAACUAGUGCUGCUGCAUCAAAGUUACUUUGUUAUAUGAAGAAAAUAACUCAUUUUAAAUGGAAUAUAUAGUUUCUUCCUUAAUAUUUUUUUACUUAUUUCUAAGAUUGAAUAGCAAUUGUCCACCUUCUCAGCUUCUUAUACUUAAUUUCUGAAAGAGCUGUUUUAUUCACAGUUUUCAUUUAUCUAGGAAGUAGCAGGGUAAAGAAAAAGGAAAAUAAACCCUAAGAAAUAUCUAAAAGUUAGAGUUGCUCAAAGAGGGGAAAAGGCUUCUGCUGAUUUUUGUGUUUAUUGGACUAAUGGUAUAAAUCUGAUUUUAAUCUGUUUCAAAUCAGAAUUCCUAUAGUAUUUCAAGUUACUAUAUUCAGAAAUAUUUAGCAUUUUAUUUUUUUUAGGGAAAAUAGUUCUGCAGGAUAAUACUCUUCUUCAGGAUUUUACUUAUUAUUUGUUAUGGAUUUGAUGAGAAUUAUUUGUUAUGGAUUUGAUGAAGUUGUUACACAGAAGGAGCAAAUAGAAAAGAAAAAACAAGUAGUGGCUGAUGAUUUUGUUUGUGUAUAAUAUAUUAAUCUAACAGAAAUGAGAGGAAAAGAGUCAUUCUCAAAACUAAAUAUUUAUUUCACCUUUAAAAGAGAGUCUCAGAAAAAGCAGUAAGACCUAAUUCCACCAAUAUUGGACUGACUCUGAGUAAGUCAUUUAACUUCUGUUGGGUGGUUUCCUUACAUGAAGAAGGAACAACAUUGGGCUAGAAGCUAAGGAUCCCUCUUACUCUAAAACUUUUAAAAUUCUGAAUCAUUAGAGUGUGAAAAAAAAUUAGAUGAAGUAUAUCACAAUUGGAAAGUAUAAGAGAUUCUCUUUAUAUAUUAAAAGCAACUCUAAUAAAGCUGAAAACUGUGAUGAUACCCAAAGGAUUAACACAGCAAUGUAGUUCUUAACAUUAUGGAUCUCUUUACCCAACACCAAGUUAUUGUGUACUAACUAAAAAUCUAACAUAUACUUUAUUUUUUAAAAGAAGUAUUUUAUUAUCUAUACAAAGUCUCAUUCUUGGAAUACUGUGUUACUGAAAUAACCAUGAUUUACACUGCUAAACAGUAAACUACAACUGUCAUUGUGGUGGUCCCUAAAAAUUAAGUACUGCAUUUGGUCCUUUUUUCUGUGACCAUAUUGAAUAGCAUACCUUUAAAAUGAUGUUUAACAAAGAACAACAGGAAAGACACUGAUCUGUGAAAUGUCGUUCUGUUUAGAAGGACCUGUAACUACUAGGGUUUGCAAAAAUUAAACAUUCUAAUGCUUAAUUGUUUAGUGUGGGAAAACAACAAAGGCUGAUGAUUGAGAAAGAGAAACAACACACAGGUUUUUGUGAUGGAGGCAUUUAUUUAGGUACCCCAGUCCUCUGCUAUACGAUGCUACCAUCACUGUCUGUAGAAAGUAAUAAAAAAAAAAAAAUGGCACCUUUCUCCCCAGACCUCUUUUUUGGUGUCUACUUGUUUAUCAAACAGUUUUUAAGAGUAAUCAAAGUGUAUUUGAAAUGGAUAUGCACAUGUAUUUUUAUUAUUUCAAAAACAAGUAUAUACAUAAAAUCCCAUUACUGAAAUAUUCCAUAAGACAAAUAAUCUUUGGCUAGUAGUAUUGACAACAGCAAUUUGAUUGGUCUGUUUUCAACAAAUUCUAUAGAAUGAAUUGGCUGAGGUAGAUUAUUUUUUCUCUUUUCCCUCUUCUUAAAAUAGCAGAUACAUUUUAUGUUCUUGAUUGCUUCUCUUUACUGCUAUUUGAAAUCUAAGUGGGAUAUGAAAGAAUAGUUUAGUUUGGCAGUUGCUGUUUUGCAGAGAUUUUCUUCAGCUUCCUGUCAAACAUUCCAAACAACUUUACCAAAAGAAUGUUAUCUAAAUGCAAAAACUACCCAGCUAGUUGAAACUACAGAACCAGAAGACAAUUUAGGAGUAAGGAUAAGAAUAAGUUCAGACCAACUUGUAUUUGGGGCAAAAAUGGGAGUUCAUAACCCACUUGAAUCAAAUGUAUGAAAGAUGAUAUGUUAUGAGCUUUGUAAUGUUUUGAAAAACCAAUUAAAAAAAAGAAUAAGUUCAGACACCUAGAUUCAGAACAUAACUUUAUAAUUUACUGACUUACUUCAGACAUCACUGCAUUUCAUUUCUAGAUUCUACAGACUAGCAGUGUGAUUUAUGCCAAAUGUUUGAAUUCCAGUAGGAAAAAAAAUCUAUUAUUGCUUAGUAUAUACUCCAAAUGGGCUAUGACAUGCUAUAGUCAGGUGUAAAUAUAGAAUCUGAAAUUUCCAUCAGUCUAAUAAUCUCUUUUUCCCUCCCAUACACUGUACCCUAUUGGAAAGUGGUUUAAUUUCUCUCACCACCACCAGAGCCCCAUUUCAUCAUAUUUCUUUCUCAGAUAACAAUUGGCACAUAAUAAAGACUGGAGGGCUGGUGUUGUGGCUUCAUGGUAGAGUGCUUACCUAGCAUAUGUGAGACACUGGAUUCGAUUCUCAGCACCACAUAUAAAUAAAUAAAAAUAAAGGUCCAUUGACAACUAAAAAAAUAUUUUAAUUUUUUUUUUAAAAAGACCAGAGCUCAUUUUCAAAAUUUCAAAAUCCAUAGAAUAUAAGAAAGACAUCCUGCUACUUAACUAAUCUCAACACUCUUAUCAUAUUUCUAUAUAAUAAUUUAAGAUGAAUAAGUAAAAAACAGAUUUCACUUGGAAUGAUAGGAAUUGGAAGUUCAGUUAUUCCCCACUUUUCAGUACACAAUUGAUCUUCAGAAAAUUAUUUUUACUAUCAUGAUUGACAGGUAAUUUCGGAAAUGAAAAGUUGCUCCAUGAUUUGCUUUUUUUUUUUUUUUUUUUUUUGUAAUAGGGAUUGAACCCAGGGCGCUUUACCAAUAAGUUAGAUCCCCAGCUCCCUUUCUUUUAUUUUUUGUUUUGAAACAGGCUUUCCCUAAGUUGCCAACACUGGUCUUAAACAAGACUGGUCUCAACCUCUCAAGCAGCUGGGAUUACAGACAUGCCACUGCAUCUGGCUAUCAUGAGCAUUUUAAAGAGAAGAGGGUAAUAAAAAGAAAAACCAAUUAAGAUUUGUUAAUAAGUGUUAUUGAAUACUUUGUACUAGGCAUUUCUGGGCCCCUUUUAUCUACUAUUUCUAAUCCUCAUAACAACCCCAUUAUCACUCCCAUUUUUAUGUAAUUUCCAGAGGCUUAGAAACAGGUUCACUGUUUCAGAACUAAUAUGUUCUAACCAAAAUAAACACCGAAGCCAAAGAUUAUGCUUAUUCAGUUAAGCCGGGCUGCCUUUUAAGACUUACUGUGAAAAUGAUUCCCCCCCAACUCUAAUAAAGUACAAUCUAAACCCCCCCCCAUUGUCAUUCUAAAUAAAUCUGCCUCAGAUUACUGGGAAUUAUUUUAUCAAAACUACUCCCUAUGCACGGGACUGUCUCACCAAGAGACAUUUGCUUAUAUAAGAAUUUAUUCAACUGUUUAAAGUUGCUGCUAAUAAAUACAACUUAUUUGAUCUUUAAUAUAGUUUACAGAUUGAAUCUGUAAUCCUGAUCAACUUCCAAAUAAAUGUCAGUCAUUUUUAAAAGGGAUCAGAUGAUAAGACUGCAGAUGAAUCAUUUCAAUUUUAUUUGUAAGGGCAAGGAAGAGACAAAUUACUAUUCGUUGUGGGUCUAUGAUACAAAUGGCUAUGUUAAAUUAUUGGAAAUAAAUUUUAUCAAGAUUAUUGAGAGUUAUGUUUAUUUCACACAACUUUUUCCUGCCAUCUUAUUGAUUUCUCACAACCUUCCUGCCAUGGCUUCCUAUGUCAUUCUGUUCCUUUUCAUAUUUAAUUACCAAGUUUCCUCCUCUUUCUCAACUCCAAAAUAAACUGGGAUAACUGCUUUACUUACAGAUAUGUAUUUUUCUGCAUUACUCCAGGACAGGACAUUAGUGUGAAUAAGAGCACUUCUAGGGUAUGUUUAACCAUAGAUUGCUAGCCCUCAGCUCCAGAGUUUCUGUUCAGUAAGAUUGGUAGGGUGGGGAGAGAACCAAGAAUUUGCAUUUCUGACACAUCCCCUAGAGAGUGGAUGCUGCUGAUCUGAGGACCAUACUUUAAGAGCCACUGUUCUAGGCUGAUGAGUUACAAAAGACAAAAAAGGAAAAUUUUUUAGUCAAAACAACUGUAGUAUCUUGGUAAAAGAUUCUGUUACUUAUUCUGCCUUGAGAAUUUUACAAAUCUUAAGCAACUUUUUUUUUAAUACAUUGACUAGAGUUUUUCUUCCCUUUUCAUCCUUUCAUCAUAUUUAACUUUCUGAUUUCCCCUCACUUUUCUACAGCUAUCUUGAGAAAAAUCUGGUAGCAUUUAAUUAUGAAAACUUACGUGAAAAACUUACAUUUUAAAUGUAUGGAGACAAGCAUAUUUUUAAUUUAAGUAAUUUUGGCAUAUAAAUCUUUGUAAAGGAAAGUGAAUGAUUUUAGUAAAUCUUAGUAAAGGAAAAUGAAUUGUUAACCAAGUUUAGUGAAUAUUAACUAUUAGAACUUGAAGAGACCUUGGAAUUACUUUAGCCCAUUUACAUUUUGUGACACAUAAUCUAUAGCUCAAAUGAUUCAGAAAUUACUAGAAUAGUGUAAAAAUAGAAUCUGAAAUUUAUUUCAGGGCAAGUAAACAAAAUUUAAAGAAUGCUUAAAAUGCUAAUUAUCUCAAGACAAGUUAUGAGAAAUAUAUAGCUUCAAAGCACAUAGUAUUUUCACCAUCUUCCUAUAUCCUUCCUUUGUAGGAUGGAGGAACUAUAUACUACACUGUAGAUAUGGUACUUUCUUAGAUCAACAGCUGGACCCACUGGUUUAAAUUUAGAGAUAUUUCUCCUGAGGAUUCAUUGAGCAUAUUUUUGAAAACAUAUCGCUUAAAAAAUAUGUUUGUCAGCCUUGUAGAUAUUAUAUAUUUGUGUUAAUCAAAAUGAAUAAAACCAUAUUUUAUAUAUAAAUCUAUAUAAUAAAUAUAUAAGCCUCUUAAUAGCUUUUAUUCUAAAAGGGGAUCACACCCCUUUGGAAAUAUUAUAUGAAUACAUACAAAUUUGUCGUUCUCCAAGUUCAUUGAUAUCUCUCUCUCUCUCUCUCUCUCUCUCUCUCUCUCUCUCUCUCUCUCUCGUUAAUACCCUUCUAGUUACUACUGAUUAGUACUGCAGAACACUGAAGCAUUCUUAAGUAAAGAUUAACUGCUGACAUAGAAAUAGUCAUGAACUCAAAAGGAUCAUUUGUAACUUUUUUUUUUAAUUCACUAGUCUGUUUGCAUGGAAGCUAUGAUAUAAAUUUAGAUUACAAUUUUUAAGUUUUAGAAUUUUGAGUUGGUGUCAGAAUACAGAUUUAUAGUAAAUUUCAGCUCAACAUGAGGGCAUGCUUCAAGAAUAAGACUUCCCUGUUUCUGGAAUUAUUUAAGGCAGAGACUAGGUAUGAAAUUAAUAUAGGGUAUAUAAGGUAAUUAAUAAUUCAAAAAAGAAUUGUUACUACCUCAAAUAUUUUUUUCAACUCAGACUCAGAAUUUAUUAGGAAUAGUACUUGGAACUUUUGCAUUCGGGUCUAUGAAUUUAUGACUUUGAAUAAAGAAGAUUUCAAAUUUUUUAGUAUUAAUAUGGAAACAUUGCCAAAAAAAACCCUUUUUUCCUACUCCUUGUUAGUGCAAAAUAAUAGAAGAACUUGUUUACAAAUUUCCAUGAAAUUUACUAAUUAAAUUAAGUAGUUAAAAGUAUCUUCAUGCAAUUUGCCCUGAAAUUUUUUACUUUUUUUGAAGAAAUUUUUCACUAUUAAUAUUUUUUCAGAAAGGACUAUGUGAAGGGGUUGGAAUUAUGGCUCAGUGGUAGAGCACUCGCCUAGUACAUGUAAGGCCCUGAGUUCGAUCCUCAGCACCACAUUAAAGAAAAAGAAAGAAAAGAAAGGUAUUAUGUCCAACUACAACUAAAAAAAUGAAUAUUAAAAAAGGAUUAUGUGAAGAAAUAAAUUUAGUAUUUAUGUUGCUAUUUCAAAAGUUUCUGCAUAUAGGUUUGUUUAAAAAGACAGAUUGGAAAAUCAAAUUAUUGGAUAUUGUUAAACUUAGUUUUUUAAAACAAAUUUUUAGUUGUAAACACACACAAUAACUUUAUUUUAUUUAUUUUUAUGUGGUGCUGAGGAUCAAAUCCAGUUCUUCACACAUGCCAGGCAAGUGCUCUACCACUGAGCUACAACCUCAACCCCUAAACUUAGUUUUUAUUUAUAAAAAUCCAUAUUAAAUUCUGUUCGAAGGUCAAAGCAUCUAUAAUAUUUAGCAAACAAGUUUCCAAGUAAAUUAAUUAUUUUGGCAAAUAAUGCAUGUGAUGCUCUCCUUGUGAGUUCCAAGGCUUUGUAAAGGGCAAAAAGGUAACAGUAAAAUCUAAAUCCAGGAUGUAGUCUGAUCCAGUAUAAAAUUUAAUUUUCCAUGACAAUGUCCACUGUGUUUCCUUGUCAUUUCUUUCAACAUUCAUUCCUUUGUGUGAUACAUUUCAAGUGGGCAAAUGAUUAAAUAAAAAUUGUACUCCUCCACUCAAAUAUUAUAUACCUAAUCCUUAUCUGUAUGAUUUUUACAUAAAGUAUAAAGAAAGCCUUGUCCUGUCCCCACUUUCUUGCCCUGAAGAAGUAAUGGCAAAUUGGUUUCACCAUAGUUGUUACUACGGUGAAUUAGCAGUCUUAAAGUGCUGUGUAGAGAAUUUAACUCUGCAUCUAUAGGGAGAGAGAAAACAGCAUUCAUGCCAGACAUUUGAUAUUUAUCAUCCCUGCUUUAAAGCUCUUAAAGUUCUUGUUGUAGCUCUAAAAAUUUCAAGUUUAGCCAAAGAGCUGCUAUACUCAACAGCGCAAACUACCAUGUGACCCACCUAGAAAAGUGUCUCUUCUAAUACUUCAGAGAUUGUUUUAACUUGACAGUCCCUCCUUUAUACAGCACAGAAUCUCUAUUAUGCCUCUGAAGAAUCAAAGAAUCAUGACCAUGAUGAUGUCAUCAAGGAUACCUUUAAUCAUUAAACUUUAUAUUUGCUUCUAAUGAGUUCUCACCAUUAAAUGACAUUAACUAAUAAAAGGACAGCAUUUUCUCGCCUUAAAAUUUAGUCUAAUGACACUCAGACAUUACAAAAUGUAGGUUCUGGUCCCUGUUACCAGAGAUUCUUAUUUGUUGGGUACUGACAUGGGGUUCAGAAAUUGGCAUUUUAAUUGUCUUGCUCAUUUUGAUAUAAAUGUGGAACUUUGACUUACAUAUCAUUUUUCCAACUGAAAUUGCUUAAGUUUUAAUACUGUCUCCAUGACACCAUGGGUGGUUGUUUUUUUUUUCCCUUGGCAGGGGGAGGGGAAGAGGUUCCUGUAUUAACAAUGUUUAUGUCUCACUUUAGAGAGGCUAAAGACAUAAGUCCAAGUAUUUAACCCAAGAUUUUAUACUAUUGUAUUGGCUAGCUUUCUAAUGAUUACUGAGAAUGCCAGUUUCUCCCCAACUCAAGCUGAAAUUCAAACUGUUCUUAUUUGCCGUAUAACCACUGGUUACAUCUCCCUUUAUUUCACAACACAAACUUUCUGAAAUUUCUCCAGCCUGAAUCAAGUGAUUGUUCUUUCAGUCUUUUAUGAGUUGACCCUUUAAAUAUUAAAUAAUGAUUUUUCUCAAUCUUUUAUUAUAAAAUUUUUAUUUCUUUAGAUAUAAACCUGUAAUUUAUUAGAAGUAAAAAAAUAUCCUUAAUCAAUUUUUGAAUGCCUCACUUCUAGUGCUGUUAAUUUUUUUUAAUUGUGGCCAAAAAUACAAAACAUAAUCAACCUUUUUUAAAAUAUGCAAAAUGGUUUCUUAACCCUUAUCCUCUCAAUAAUAGUUUUUCUGGUUAUUGUCAUUUCACUCUUAUAUAAAUCUUAUCUCCUGUACUGUUAUAAUUCUUACAGGUAAAAAAUAUUUUUACAAUUACAAAGCAAUUGUACUUAUAUUCAGAUAAAAGAUCCUUAUAAACUUUGUGAUUGUAAGUGAAGGAUAUUUUAUCCUGAAAGCUUUCUGUUGACUUAAGGGGAAAAUAAGCCCCUAUUUUCCUGAGAUCUGGAGGACUCCAAAUGAACAUUUAUACUUUCUUGCUCAUUUAUUUGUUUGUUGAAGGUUUGAGAUUAGAGUUACCAGAGCAAGUAAGUUUAAAUGCUAGAAUUUCUGUGACUUUUUCCUAUGUACAUUCUAGUUUUCCCAUAACACAUAAUUUAUGCUGUAGACUGGACAUUUUUCUAGAAUUUGACAAUAUUAGUGUUCACUAGAUGAUUUCAAAAUCUUUGCUUAAUUCAGAAUCAAACUGUUUAGCUUUAAAUAGAUAUAUUAGAUGCAUAAUUUGGAAGGAAAUAGUUAUAAAAUAAAAAUAUUUUUCUGCACAUGAACUGUUUCAAAUACUAUUUUCAAAAUCAUUGUCAGUGAGAAAAAACACCAAAAACAUUUUAAACUUAUUUUUCAAAAGUUUUUCUUCAAAACAUUUUCUUCUUAUUAUUAAAAUUUUUCAAAGAAAUCAAUAAAUUUUAAAAUUCUGCAAGCAAUAUACAUCUAAAUACCCAAAAAUGCUAUCAUUAUGAGUAUACUGCAUACCAUCUUGCCACAGGAAAAAAAAUCUACCUUUUCUUGACCUUAAUUACUUUGGAACUACUGCAAAAACUCGUUGAUCAUGACCCUUUAAUAAUAAUAACUGAUUCUUCAUUUUAUGAAUUUAAUAACUUAUAAUAUCAAUGUUAUCUUAUGAGUUUUCAGGCAAAGGGAACCAUAGUAGAAUUAUUUUGAAUAUUUCCAUGAUUUUUGUAAUACUCAAAUUUUUCUUUUAACACUGCUGGUUACUUUAAAGAGAAUUCUGUAUUAUUCCUUUGAUUUUCAUUUAAAAAUUAGAAAUGUUUUCUUAGUAAGGAAGAGGGUGGAAAUCCCAUAAGUUGAAGAGAUUUAGUGUAGAAGUUGUGGGUGCAGUGACAUACUAGUCAAUUACUCUUCUUCUUUUCAGUGCUCCCCUCACUAUCUUUCUUCAUUGUCUCCACAUCACCCUUAAAUCACAGAAAUUCAUUUAGUGUCCUUCACUCAUUAGAGCACAUGAUGCCAGGACCCAGAACUUAAAUCUUCCCUCUAUUUCUAGUCUCUAACAAAAGGUAGGCACUAAUAUUUUACCAAUAGGAAACUUUAUAAAAUAUUGUGCAUUCCAGCCUGAAAAGUUUCCCCAAAUUCUGAGCCUUUGUUUCAUAAAUUUUUACCUACUUUGUCACUUAUAAAAAAAUAUUUGAUUACUUAGAAUGAGGAAUGCCUGCACAGUUUAUAAUAAUUAAAGUUAGUUUGAAUUAUUGUUCUUAAAGGAUUAUUAAACAGUACUAGUAUUUAAUAGAGUCUUUGGGUCAUUCAGUAUCUGUGUGAUUUGGUUUUUUUAAUCACCAUUGAUUGUUUGACUUUUUUUUUUUUUUUUUUUGGUACUAAGGAUUAAAUUCAGAAGCAAUUAACCACUGAGCCACAUCUCCAACCUAUUUUAUUUUUUAUUUAUUUUGGGGUGGUGGAUACCAGGGAAUAAACUCAGAGGCAUUUGACCACUGAGCCACAUCCUCAGCCCUAUUUUGUAUUUUAUUUAGAGACAGGAUUUCACUGAGUUGCUUAGUGCCUCACUUUUGCUGAGGGUGGCUUUGAACUCGUGAUCCUCCUGUCUCAGCCUCCCAAGCCACUGGGAUUAUAGGCAUGCGCCACUGCACCCCACUUAUUUUUGAGACAGGGUUUCAAUAAGUUUCUUAGAGCCUCGAUAAAUUGCUGAGACUGGCUUUGAACUUGCAAUCCUCCUGCCUCAGCCUCCCAAUCCACUGGGAUUACAGCUGUGCACCAUCACAUCUGGCUUGACUCCUUUAAAGAUCCAAAUACUACAUUUAAAGACAGGCCAAGCUGUUAUUUAGCCAGGUUUUGUGGUGGUGGUAGCAGGGGAGGUAUCUGUUGUCCCAGACACUUGGAAGGCCAUGGCAAGAGGAUAGCUUGAGCCCCAAGUUUGAGACCCACAUGAGCAACAUAGCAACACACCUCCCUCACUAGUUAAAAAAGAAUAAAAAGAAGGAGGAGGAAGGAAGAAGACAUACCAAGCUAGCUAUAAUUCAUGCAGUACCUUCCAUUAAGGUAAUUUGAAUCUGAUUUGAGAUAUAUUACAUAAAAUCUACCUAUUAUUUGAUAGAAAUGUUUUACAUGGAAAAAUAUCAGUCUUAGGUAACCCAGAACUUGAUUUUUAAACUGGUUUUUAAUAACUCUAAAUGACAAAUUAGUAAAUUUGUUAAAGGUAACUACAAAUUGAGUGUGAAUCCUGAAGUACCAGGUUUAUACUACAAUUAAUAAAGCCAAAAGUUUAGUUGUUUAUUAUUUGGGUUAUGAUUUCAAGCAUUCAUGGAAUUUUAGAAAACCCUUUUCAUCUUGCCUUUGACCUCAUAGUGUGCAGCAGUGUAGUUUGGAGGUCUGUAGGACCCUAUGUUACCCUUGUGAAGCCCCAGAUCUGUGCUUGGGACUGAUCCUGGGACAAGUCAUUGAACUUCUGUGGAUCCUGACUAGCUUAUCUGUCAGUUGAGGAGAUUAGCCCAGAAUAGUUGAUUUCUCAGAAACCUGUCAAUUUCUGUUAUCCCUAGAGGCAGCAAAACUUCCCCUAAGAUAUCUUCAAUUUCUUUAUGUGGCUUUUUCUCAUUUUUCUCCAAAUUUUUGUUUCACCUGACAGUUAUUAACCAUCCUAUCCUUCUUGGCACCCUUCAUAUUUAGUUAUAUCCAUUUUACAGAGUUUCAGUGUACUGUUUCUAUAAUUUAUCCAGCUCCUUGUUACACUCCAUUUGUGUGUGUAUGUGUGUGUGUGUGUGUGUGUACACCAAUCUCUUGGAACUAACAUAAAGACUAGUUGAGCAUGAUAUACAUACAGUCAGUAAGACUUAUCCUUUGACUUUGUAUACAAGAGCUUUAAAUUGGCUGUUCUAUCAGUUCCAAAAGAUUUAUUUAGAUAUGCAACCUAAAUCUUGUUAAAUAUAUUUUUAAAUUUAGUUUCCCAUAUGAAAACCCUAUCUUCUUAACUUGAAUUUAAAUUUAAAACCAGAGACUGUUUUUUUCUCCUUUUCAUACCCCUCUAUACCUAACACUGGACUAAUUCCUUAAAUCAUCCCUGUUAAUUUAAUCCCCAUGGUUCCUUUUCCUCUUCCUAUUCUGCCUUUGAAAUCACAGUAUUCAACAGACAAAUCUAAGUGGGAACAAAUAGAAAUAAAAGUGACCAUUUAAAAACCCGAUAAGAAGUACUAGUCAUUUUUGUUUUGAAGUUAAUAUAAACUAAGGUACAGUUUAAUAUGGAGUCUUUUGUUUCCGCACAUCCUGAAAUUUACUUCAGAAAUGUGUUUGUUUCAUUUACUUAAUAAGUGAUGCUGUUCUUCUAUUCAUUCAGUGAACAUUAGGACUAGGCAUACAAUUAUUUGCAAAAGAUAGAUAUUUCACUGCUAUUAAGUUUAAGUAUGGCAUGUCCAAAGUUAUUUGAUUAAAAGCAGCCUUUGGAACCUAAUAAAACUGAUAUAUUUUUCAUUCAACAGAUAUUCCACUUUUCCUCCAUGCCAGGCAGUGUGUUUGUAUAUAUGAGAAUGUUUGAAGCUAUCUAUUAUAAAAAGCUGCAUUUUAUUUUCCUUUUAACAAUUUAUCCUUUGAAUAUUAUUAAUUAUCUGUAUAUUGUCAUAAUGCUCAAAGUAUAAUAGUGCAGAUUUAGAAAAAUACAAUGAUAACUAUUUCAAAAAAUAAUUUUGUCUUUCCCAUUCCAAAUCUCUCUUUAUGUCCUCAGAUGAAAAUAACACUUCUGUUUCAUCUCAUGUUCUCAUGUGCCUUCUGUGUUCAAGUGGUAAUGAGCGCCUAAUUUGGAAAUGAUUUUAUAAUCAUCACUUUUAUAGCCCCAUUCAGGCUCAUCAUGAAGGACUUUUUUGGGAGUGGGGGUAUAGGGGAUUGAACCUAAGAGUGCUUUACCACUGACCCACAUCCCCAGCCUUUUUUUUUUAAAAACAGGUUCUCAAUCAUCCUGCCUCAGCCUACCAAAUCACUGGGAUUGCAGGAUUGUGCCCCCAUGCAUGGCUUCAGAUUCCUUUUUUCUUCACAGCUGAAUUUACAAAACUCCAUCAGUGUUGUUCUCAACUAUGGUGACUAUCUCACCAAUGUCUUAGCCAAAUAUUAUAAGCCCCAUUCUACAUUGGCUAUGUUAGUAAAUCAGCGGUUGUAAUAAUUUUCACUAUAGAGCUGAAGACCAUUAGUAGAGACCUGAAUUAUAGGUACAAAAGAUUGAUUUGUCGUAAAAGUUUUCUCAUAAUUAGUCAUUAACUAUGAAAUAGUUUCUUUCUUUCUUUUUAUUGUACCAGGGAUUGAACCCAGGGGCCCUUAACCACUGGGCCACAUCCCUACCUCUUUGUAUUGUUUAUUUCGAGACAAGGUCUCACUGAGUUGCUCAGGGUCUCACUAAGUUCCUGAGAAUGGCUUUGAACUUGUGAUCCUCCUGCCUCAGGCUCCCAAAACACUGGGAUUACAGGAAUGUGCUCCCAUGCCUGGCCUGAAAUAUUUUGUAAUUAAAUUAAAGGUAAAAAUAAUAUUAAACUUUAAAUUAUAAUAAUUUACAUCUAAUUUAAAAUUAUUUUCAUAUUUCACAUAUUCUAUCUCAUUUUAUCUCAAUGAAAAUACUAAUUUAAAUUAUUUUAGUCCCAUAUCACUAUCCCCACAUCAUAGAUGAAGAAACUGAGGCUCUGGCAGGUGAAAUUAUUUGUUGUAAUCACCUGACUACCUAAUAAAAUUUCAGGGUUUGGUAAAAAUUAUGCAUGUUGUUAUAGCUAAUUUAAAAUGUUCUUUUAAAUGUAUUCUAGGCAUUUUCUUAUUUUUAUCUCAUCUUUAGGCUCACUUCUGCCCAGAAUUCACACUGCUCAUUCCCUAAUAGAAGGCACAGUAUUUGUUACAUUGGUGCACAUGUCUGUACAUAAAUCAUUUGCUGGAUUUUAACUAUAUACAUAUCAGCCUCUGCCUUAAAUUCUUGAGUCUUUGACCCUACGUGCUUUAAUCUCCCUGCCUGAGCUUUCCUCCUUAGCUAGUGUUUCAGAACCUGAUCUCUUCCUGUCUUAGUAUCUAGUCUCUGCAUUGCAGAGUAGCCCAGAAAAAAUUUUACUACUCAGAGAAUUUACUUCAUUUGUGAAGUUUAUCAAUUAAAAAUAAUCUAGUGAGGCUGUGGAUGUAGCUCAGUGGUAGAGCACUUGCCUACCAUAUUUAAGGUUCUGGAUUCAACUCGUGAAUCUUUUUCCUAUACUCCUAUAAGCAAGAGAUAAAUGACCACAUAAUAAGUAGGAAGCAGGCUUUUUCAAAAAACUAUUUGGAAGGAAUAUUCCAGGUUUUUAUCAAAUUAACUCAAGAACCCACAUUAACUUCCUUUCCAUCAUUAUAUGGCAAUUAAAGUUGUUGAUGAAGACUAGAGCACUACAAUAUUCCCAUUCAUGCACACAAAUUCAAUCAUGUUCAUUAUGUUGUAUUUAUUAGAGCAGAAAAUCAAAAUAGCACAUAUUAGAAAUGUUUCCAUUUCAACAGGGUUAACAGCAUUGCGAUUAAAACUCUUAAAUAGGAAAUUUCAUUAAAUAAAUGACCUUGCUCACUGGCUUUUCCAGUUAGCCAUGUUUUUGUAGUAUCACUGGGGAAUCAGCAGGCUGAAUUCUCAAUUCUGGCAUGCAGAUUGAAUUAUUCUGAUUCAAUAUUUUAAGCCCUAAAAGUUGUACUCACAGAUUAGCCUAAUCUGUUAUGAUUUAUCAUGUGUUUAUAAAUUAUAUAUUUGUAAAUAUAAAAAGAUCAAUAUGCUGAGAUUAUCAAGGAGAAGCUUCAUAAAAGUUCUACAUUUGCCUUUGCUAUGGCAGAUAUAAAACAAUAAUUAUUAUAACCUACUUCCUCCAUCCACCCCCUUAAUCAAUAGCAAUAGCAAUAAUUUCAACUGUAUUUUCAGUUACUAUCUCCCUACAGAAUUAUCUGGCCCUCUGUGGCGUACUAUAAACUAGUAAAUAGCACAGAUUUUGGGGUCCGCCGGUUCUAAGUUCAAGCCCAAACUCUCUCAUUUGUGUAAUUUAGGUCAAUUUGCUUAAUUCUACAUUUUACUUAAUUUUGCACUUACAAUUAACUUAAUUUUACAUUUUUGUUCCAAAAUUGUACUCAUACAGCACUCAAUUUAUACUUAUUGAUCACCUGCUAUAUGCUGGACAAUAUUCUAGAUCCUGUGGAAUUGUAUCAAUAACAAAACAAAACAGGCUUCUUGACCUUAUAGGACCUGUGGUCAACCAAAUUCUUUUGAAGAAGAAAAGCUUUUUUUUUCCUUUUUUCUUUUUGUGGUUUUGGGGAUCAAACCCAGGGCCUAGCUACAGACUAGGGAAUAUCAAACCAUCAUUUAUUCCUGGAGGAAAUCAUAACUGCUUUGUUUCUAUUUUUAAAUAGAUGAUCAUUAUUAGGCAGUUUGCAGGAUUUAGGAGUCAUUUUCCCCAGUGCCAAAAGAAUUCCAUUCACCUAUUUUCUAGUAUUGGUGUGGGUAUCCAUAGUGACUUGACAACCUGAUAUUUUCUUGUCUAAAUCUGUCAUCAACUUUUUUUCCUGAAGGAGUCUUCUUCAUCCUCAUUCAUAACAGAUGGGGAAAAUCCUAAAAAUGUUGUGUUCAAAAAUCAUUUAAGUGUUCACUAUAGAAUAUGAACUAGAUAUUAUUAAAUGGUUCUUCCAUUACCCACUGUCUGCUUCUUCACUACUUAGCUUCAAAAUCAGUGGACAUAUGUGGGCUUCAUCAGAAUAUUUUUGUUUUCAUCUCUCAACUGAAAGUUUUCUCACCUGUUUUUUUUCUUAAAUUGAAAACAUUGUUAUAAGAUGAUGUUUUAACCCAUUUGACUCUUAAAAAAAUAGGUUUUGAAAGUGAAUGCAUACUUUAACCCUUGGUUUCAGGAUAGUAAGAAACUAUUAUAAUUUAGGCCCUGUCAUAAAGAGGAUCAUACAGACCAUAGUCUUUUUUUUAAAUAUUUUUUUAGUUGUUGAUAGACCUUUAUUUUAUUUAUUUAUAUUCGGUGCUGAGAAUUGAACCCAGUGCCUCACACAUGCAGGCAAGUGCGCUACCACUGAGCCACAACCCCAACCCCCAGACCACAAUCUUUUUAUUUAUUUAUCUAUCUAUCUAUUUAUUUAUUUAUUUUAGUUGUGGAUGAACACAAUACCUUUAUUUUGUUUAUUUAUUUUUUUUAUGUGGUGCUGAGGUCAAACCCAGUGCCUCACACGUUAGGCAAGUGCUCUACCACUGAGCCACAACCCCAACCCCCCAGACCAUAGUCUUGACACUUAGCUUUUCCGCUUUCAUAUUUGAACAGUAUUUUUUCUAUCUUCUUGCACUGAAACUCUGUUUUCUUUUGGUACUUUUGGACCUUUAAACCUCUCAACUCUCAGAAAUGUUAACUGAAACAUCUCAUCAUUAUCCAUUCUAUUGAUUGCAUAAGUUUUUAUUGUUCACCCUAGAGAGGCAAACAAUGUCCUUAGUGUCAUUGAGUUUUUAAAGGGAAAAUUUUAUAGUGAGGAUCCAUGUUACCCUGUAUCAAUUUGUUUUUUAAAUUGCCCCAAUUUAAAUUUAUGCAGUUUUUAUGUUAACAAAGCAAUAAAAAUAAUAAUGUCUGGCUUAGGGAUUUUAAAACUUAUUUGUUUUUGUUUUCUAAAUAAGCAUAUACCUAAACUUUCACUUUUUAAUAAAUCUGAUUUUUUUAGGGUAAGAAGCCACUAUGUGAGGUAAGAAAUGGCAAUUACAGGUAAAUAAGACUCUUCAUUUAUUUAUUCAACAAGUACUUAUUGUUUUUGUCCCAUAGUCAGGUAUUAUUCAAGGAAAUUGUUUACUUUUUCAUCUAGUAUCACGUGAAAAUGAUAAUGAAUAGUAAAAUUACAUAUUCUAAUGUCUUUGUAUAACAUGGACUUGGAACAGCUUAAAUCUUUGGUAUAUUUGGAAAAAUUACAAAAAAAUAUAUUGGAGAAUAAUUAUCUGACUUUUGAUUACAAUUUUAAUUUUGCAAACGCAUAUUUGGCAUCACUUGUGGAUAAAUUCUGUUCAGGAUAUUCCUAUUCUUCUCAAAACUAACACAAUUUCUCACUUACUUAGGAUUAUCAAGUAUUAUAAUAAGAUUACACUAAUUCAUUGGAUAUUUGCCUUUCAAGGUAACCUCUUUAAAACUGAUAAACACAUGUCCCCUCACAUUUGAACUGAUAAGGUAAUCAUUAUAAAUUAGGUCCCAAUCACUGAAAUUCAAAAUGGUUUUGAAAUGUGAAAUCCCAUGUACACAUGAUUAUGUACCAAGAAGUAUAAGUUAACAUUUUCUUUUAUUCCCACCUAGAAGUUUUAGACAAAUUAGUUUCCUUUCUACACUAGUAGUGUCCUACUGCUCCACAAGUAAUCCUUGAUAUAAAUGCCUGUAGAGUAUAGGUCCUGGAUUUCACUCCAGGGUAUGCUUCUGUCUAUGAGAUACUUUGAAGGGAGAAGUUUGAAAUGAAAAAACAAAACGCCAACCAUCCUCUGGCGCUUCUGCAAAAAUAUUGUGUUUAGUUGUAAUAUUUUAUAACAUUUUUAUUAAGAUAUAAUUUACAUAGAGUGAAAUGCUCCAAUGUUAAUAUACCAUUCAAUCAGUUUUGACAAACAUGGAGACACAGAAUACCUCUCUCAUCCCAGAAAGUUCCCAAGUAACACCUAACUUCCCAGUCAACAUCAACAGACCCCAAACCAUCCCAGCUUCCAAAAGCAACCACGAAUCUGAUUUUUAUCACCACAGCUUAUACCUGCCUAUUCUAGAAUUUCACAUAAAUUAACAUGUAUUUUUUUCGUAUUUUGUCUGUUUCAUUAUGCCUAGUAGGUUUGAGACCAUCCAUAUUGUUGAGUUCAUCAGUCAACAGUUUCUUUUUUUUGCUGAUGAAACUUGCUUAAAACAGGCAAGAAACAAGCAGAUCUUCAUGAAGUGUCUGAAGUGACACAUAACUACUGCUAAAAUCAUGGCAGCAAAUUAAUAAUAACCAUUCAGGGGGUAGAAAUGCACUCUAAUAUUAAGUGAUAAUACACCUACAUUCAAACAACUCUCCCACCUUAGUGUUAUAUGAAUAAGAUACACUCUUUUGGGAGAUUCUAAAUUAUGCUACUAAAAAUAGAAACAUGGGUGGGUACACUUUAGCAAUAGAGAUGGCUAUAGAAUUCUUAUGUCCUCCUAUUUUGACUUCAGAAAGUAAAUGUGAAAAAUAAUCCCAGGUAAGGAGCUAAUUCUUUUAGUAUCUCUAUUAUUAAAACAUGCUGGAAAGAAUGCUUUCAAUGUUUAUCAAUAUGGUGAUACCUUAAUACCAGUUUCAAAAUGACAUAAUGUGGACCUGAUAAGUUCAGUUUUAUUGUUAGAAACUCACUUUAAUCUAAAGUUCCUGGUAAAGCUUAUAUAAAUGGAAGAAGAGUAGAUAACAAAAAGAGCAACAUCCAGGUUACAUUUUUGUUUUGCUGAAAGUCCUAAUUAUACAUAGCUAAGUUUUGCUAUUUUAUGCAAAGAUUCAUUGAGGUCCAGGGGAGCAGGAAUACAUUUAAGCAAAGAGUAUACUGUGAUUCUUGGGAGCCAUAAUACUAUAAAAUGAGUUCUAAUAGAGGUAAAGGGUGAAUUUUUGCCCUCUAUUGUCAUUUUCAAGAGAAUUCUGUUCUUAACAAGGAGAUGGCUGAAUUUGACAUAACUAAAUAAAGGAGAGGAUUGAACUAUCUUUGGCUAGUCCACCCACAUCCUUAACCAUCUCCACUUUCAAGAUUCUACAGGAACACAAAAGCAUCUCAGAACACUGUCACAGACUGAUAGCAUACACACAGCCAUUUUCUUGCUUUUAUGGGUAUUGGUUUCAAUAGCAUGUAAUCCAUGAGUAAGAAAAAGGACAGCCAUAUAGUGCUUGAGUGCUUACAUUAGUUUUAUGGGAAAAGUACCCAAAUGAAAUAAGAAAUGCAGCCAGAGUAUUAAGUGGAUAUUAAUAAAGUUUCUAAUUAUUUUAAUUCUCUGAAACUCUUAUUCAUUGUUUUCCCAUUUCUUUCACUUCCUGCCUAUCUCUAUGCAUCUACUUUCCUUCUGCCCUCUCAUACUAUUUUUUCCUCCUUCUGGUUUCUAAAUUGUUUUACUAUGCUUGUAUUUAAUUCUGAUAUCAUUCAAAAAAAAACUAACAUGAAGCACUUCUCUUUAAUAUGACCUACUUUAAUGUAGAAUUUGCCCUAUCUUUUUUUAAUAUCCAUGACAGUAGGGUGUAUAUUGACUUAUUAUACAUACAUGGAGUUAACCCAUUACAAUUCUUAUGGUUGAACAUGAUGUGGAAUUACACUGUUUGUGUAUUCAUAUAUGAACAUAGGAAAGUUAUGUCCGAUUCAUUCUACUCUUUCCUAUUCCCAUCCCCUCUCCUUUCCCUUCAUUUCCCUUUGUCUAAUCCAAUGAACUUCUAUAAACUUCUGUACUUCUCCCUACCUUUGUUAUGGGUUAGCAACCACAUAUCAGAACAUUUGGGCUUUGAUUUUUUGGGACUGGCUUAUUUCACUUAGCAUGAUCAUCUCCAGUUCCAUCCAUUUCCUGACAAAUGCCAUAGUUUUAUUCUUCUUUAUGGCUGAGUAAUACCCCAUUGUGUAUACAUGCCACAGUUUAUUUAUCCAUUCAUUUGUUGAAGGGCACCUCAGUUGGUUCCAUAGCUUGGCUAGUGUGAAUUGAGCUGCUAUAAACAUUGAUGUGGCUGCGUCACUGUAGUAUGCUAAUUUUAAGUCCUUUGGGUAUAAACUGAGGAGUGAGAUAACUAGAUCAAAUGGUGGUUCCAUUCCAAGUUUUCUGAGGAAUCUGGAUGCUGAUUUCCAGAGUGGGUGCACCAAUUUGCAGUCCUACCAGCAAUGUAUGACUGAAUCUUUUCCCCCACAUCCUUGCCAACAUUUAUUGUGACUUGGUAUUCUUGAUAAUUGCCAUUCUGACUGGAGCGAAAAGGAAUCUCAGUGUAAUUUUAAUAUGCAUUUCUCUAACCACCAGAGAUGUUGAACAUUUUUUCAUAUAUUUUUGACUAUUCAUAUUUCUUCUGUGAAGUGUCUGUUAAUUUCCUUUUCCCAUUUUUGACUGGGUUAUUUGGGGGGUUUUGGUAUUAAGUUUUUUGAGUCUUUGUAUAUCCUAGAGACUAAUGCUGUAUCUGAGGUGCAGGUGGUAAAGAUUGUCUCCCAUUCUGUAAUCUCACUGUUCAUGUUCUUCGUUGUUUAUUUUGCUGUGAAUAAGCUUUUUAGAUUUAUGUGGAAUUACACUGGUUGUGUAUUCAUAUUCAUACCAUCCCACUUAUUGAUUCUUGAUUUUAUUUCUUGCUCUUGAGGAAGUCAGUUCCUAAGCCGACAUGGUGGAGAGUUGGGUCUACUUUUUCUUCUUAUAGGUGCAGCAGUGUCUGUGAUCUAAUGCCAAGAUCCUUUAUCCACAUUGAGUUAAGUUUUGUGUGGGAUGAGAUAUAGGGAUUCAAUUUCAAUCUACUACAUAUGGAUUUCCAGCACCACUUGUUAAAGAGGCUAUCUUUUCUCCAAUGUAUGUUUAUGGCACCUUUGUCUAGUAGGAGAUAACUAUACUUAUAUGGUUAUGUCUCUAUCUUCUAUUCAGUUCCAUUGGUCUUCAAUUCUAUUUUUGACAAUACCAUGCCAUUUUUGUUACUAUAGUUCUGUAGUAUAAUUUAAAGUCUGGUAUUGUGAUGCCUCCUGCAUUACUUUUCUCACUUAUUGUUUUGGCUAUUCUGGGCCUCUUAUUUUUUCAAAUGAAUUUUGUGACUGUUAUUUCUAUUUCUAUGAAGAACAUCAUUGGGAUUUUAAUGGGAAUUGCAUUGGAUCUGUAUAGUGCUUUUGGUAGUAUUACCAUUUGGACAACUUUAAUUCUGCCUAUCAAGAACAUGAGACAUCUUUCCAUUUUCUUAGGUCUUCUUCAAUUUCUUUCUUUAGUGUUCUGUAGUUUUUAUUGUUGAGGUCUUUUUAUUACUUUGUUAGAUUGAUUCCCAAGUUUUUUUACUUUGUUUUUGUUUUUGAGGUAUUGUGAAUGGGAUAGUUUUCCUGAUUUCUCUUUCAGCUGAUUUGUCAUUGAUUGCUGUAUGAGUGUUAAUUUUAUAUCCUGCUACUUUGCUGAAUUCAUUUAUGAGUUCAAGAAGCUUUUGGUGGAGUUUUGGGGGUUGCUAAAUAUAGAAUCGUGUCAUAGGCAAAUAGGGAUAGUUUGAGCUCUUCUUUUCCUAAUCAUAUCCCUUUAAUUUCUUUCUUUUGUUUAAUUGCUCUGGCUAGGGUUUCAAGAACGAUAUUGAAUAGGAUUGGUGAAAGAGGGCAUCCUGUCUUUUUCCGGUUUUCAGAGGGAAUGCUUUCACUUUUUUUCUAUUUAGAAUGGACUUAGCAUAUAUAGCUUUUACAAUGUUGAGGUAUGUUCCUAUUACCCUAGUUUUUCUAGUGUUUUGAACAUGAAUGAAUGCAAUAUUUUGUCAAAUUAUUUUUCUAUUGAGAUACUUAUGUUUUACUUCUUAUAAAAGGCAGUUACAUUUGAAUUACCAUGAAAACCUCAUUAGGACAAUUUAACUCAUGAGGAGAACCAAUAGUGCUGACACACUAAGCUUCAAGGAUAUAUGUUCCCAACUCUAAAGACUGAUACCUUAUUUUCAGUAGUAUAUGUAAGUUGAACUCUCUAAACAGUCCAUCAUCUUAAUUGUAGUAAUUAAUUUUAAGUAAGUGCCAAUAAUGUUUCUUACCAGAUGAAAAAAUGAGGAUAUGGCUCUUGUUCCCAUUUGAAUAUGAGAAAUGAUAUCAGCUUAAUGUAAGAAAGGCAAAGAGAUCUUAGAGUUAAAGAAUUAUAAACCUCAUUUCUCAGUGAGGGCACUCUGCUUGAAAGGAAGUCCUAGCCGAUCAGAAGUUAAAGUUUAUUGUAAAUCACCUGUCUUCCUCCCAUCUACUUAUUGUUCUAGCUAAUAAAAAAUAGGUUUUUAGGAGGUAAGAGAAGUAGCUCAGUGGUAGAGUAUGUGCUUAGCAUGUUUAAGGUCCCUGGUUCAAUCCCCAACACCAAAAAAAAAAAAUUGGUUUUUACUUUCUAGUUUCUGACUUACAUUUUCAUUGCUUCUCAAUCAAAAUGUUGUAAUUAGAAGUGUUUUUAUUUACAUAUAUAGAUCCACAUUUAAUAUCAAAUCUAUAUAUUUUUUCACUGAUAAUUUAAAACCAUAACCAAUCUUUACAAGAAAUAAUUUCACAUUUCACUCACUGAAAUGGGAAUUGAGACUAUGAAUUGUACAUCAUUAGUGAAACCAACCUAUUCUCAAGGCAACAAGUUUAUAUAAAGUAGUGGGAGUAGGAACAAACUCCCAGAUACUAAUUUUGCAGACAUAUAAAGUAUUAUAAAUGUCCACACUGUAUCAAUGCAAUUUUAAUACAUUUAUUCAAUAUUUUAUAAACUAUUCACCAAAAAAGGAAUUAAAAAAGGAAACAUUUGAUACUUAGCAGUUGCUCUAGAGUUUCAAAACAUAAAACUUUGGGGUUUUAACUAUUAUGUUUUCUUAAGAAAGACUUUUGAGCACUGAACAACAAAAUAAAGAAUUUUAAAACUAGAAAAGUCUUGUCAUCAUCCAACCUUUUCAGCAUUCACCCAGUUCAAUAAAAUCACUAUCUCCUCAAGGGUCUUGGCUUUCCUAUUCUGAUUGCCAAAAAAUUGAAGAACCACUAGUCCUCCGAUCCCCAUUGCUGUACAUGUGUAACCAUCCUUUCAUCUCUUUCUGGUAUGCUCCAUACUCAUGCUGAUGAUUGUAGCUGUGAAGAUUAUUUCCUUGAUUUAUUAUGUUUGGAUUAGCUUACAAAAGAACCAUCUACCAUACACACAGCACAACUUUUAACUCAAAUGCCUGGCAAAAGUACAGAUGAAUAAUUCAAAGUUUUAGGAGUAAUUGUGUCAUUGGUAGGCUGUGUCAUAAAGACUCAAGAAUGAGUAAUACUACCCCUAUUAUUUAAGACCAUAAUGCUACCUACCCUACUGUAGUGGAGAAGCAAAAGGAGGCCUGCACAGCUUUUCUCAAGGAGUCAGAGAUGGGCAAUAUUUAUUGUGCAUACCACGUGAGCUAAGCAGUAGAUCAAGAUAUUACAGCAGAAGAUGAGAUCCAGUAUUUGGCCUCAAAGAGCAUAUAUUGUGCUCAGCAUUGAGCAAUGCCAGGUUAUUGCCUACAGAAGAGAAACUACAUGAGACUUCUACAAGUUUCCUGCAGCUUCAUCACUGCACAGGCAAGUUAUUAACUUUGCCUUCCUCAUCAGUAUACUGUGAGAAAUAACUACUGUAGUAUUGUGAGGCAUUUUGUAAAUGAGAGUGCUAUAAAAAGAGAUGAAUAUUAGAAAAAAAAACCAGAUUAAAUAAUAUAGUAGGAACGGUUCUCAUAUAUAUGUCCAAUCUUUCAUGUCACCACUACAGGACUGCUACCAGGGAGAACUUAUUUUAAGUAAACACAAUGGCCUACCCAGCUUUUGCAAAGUCAAGAAAAUAUCUGGGUAUAUUAGCAAGAAAGAUUGUAGAGUCUUACAUUAUUUGGGUGUUAUAUGUGCUAAAUACAGUUGGAAUAUUUCAUAUACUGUGAAGUUCCCACAUGUCAGCAACUUCUUUUGCAAAUCUGGGGCUAAGGAUGUGGCUCAGUGGUACAGCACUUGUGUAGAAAGGGUGAGGCCCUGGGUUCAAUCCCUAGCACCACAUAUAUACACGCUCUAGAAUCUUCUGCAUUUCAAUGUUUAUUUGCAGUAUUUAUGUAACAAAUUUUAAUUACUAAAACUAUCAAAGCCUAUUAUUUACCAACAAGGUAUUAUGUUUUUAUAACUCAGAAACUGAGAAGAUUCUAUAGGUGAAUAUUCAUUCUGUGAUUAAAUCUGUCAUUAUAUUGGGUUUGUGGAAAUUGUUAUCAGUGAUUUAUCAUGGUUACUGAUUUUAAUUACAUUUUUUUUAUUUUUUAGUUGUAGUUGAACAUAAUACCUUUAUUUAUUUAUUUGUAUGUGGUGCUGAGGAUCGAACCCAGAGCCUCACACUUGCUAGGUGAGUGCUCUACUACUGAGCCACAACCCCAGCCCUGAUUUUACUUACAUUUUUAAAGUUUGUUAAUUUUCUCAGAAGACUGGGACAUUUUUAUCCCAUCCUACAUCUUAGACAAAAGACAAGUUUAUAUAAUUCGUUUUUGUUUUUCAGAUGCUUUCCAUCACCACCACCACUGGGGAUUAAACCCAGGGACACUAUACUACUGAUAGUAUACCCCCAGCCCUUUUUAUUUCUUAUUUUGAGACAUGAUAUCUCUAAAUUGUCCAGGGUGGCCUCAAACUUGCAAUCUUCCUGCCUCAGGCUCCCAAGCAGCUGGAUUACAGGUGUGGCCCAUGCAAACUGGCUCAAAUUCUUCUUUUGAAAAAAAAAAAUUUUUUUUUUAAAUUGUAGUGCUGGAGAUCCAACUCAGGGCCUUGCAAAUGUCAGGCCAGCACUCUACCACUGAGCUAUAUCCCCAGGCCAGGGAUGUAGCUUUUAUACAGUCAUUCUUAUACAUUCUUAUACAUUCUCAAAAUGGAGGAAAAGGACAGGAAUCUUUUUUGGUAGACAUUAAUGUUCUGUGACUAUGAUUUACUCCCAAUUUUAAAAAAUUAGUAUUUUUAUAUUUUUACUAGCCUUUUCUUUCUUUUUUUUUAGGGGGGAGGGGAUGGGAUGGGGAGGGAGGGUUGUUCUGAGGAUUGAGACCAGGAGCCUUGUUCCUCUAAGCUAGAUCUCCAGACCUUUUUAUUUUUAUUUAUCUUGAGAUAGGGUCCCACUAAAUUGCCCAUGGUGGUUUUCAAGUAUGUUAUCCUCUUGACCAGAUCUUCCUGUCUCAGUCUCCCCAGUAGCUAGAAAUUGACAGGCAUGCACCACCAUAUCCAACACCAGCAUUUUCACUCUAAUUGAAAGGAGCAAUAUACCACAGUGUUUAGUUUGUAUUAUAACAGAAUCCAAAUAACCUGCCAUUGAGAAUCAUGACCCUACAUUCUCUCUUUCUCCUGAACAAUAUAAAAUUUUGACCUUGGUUUAUAAUGAGACAACACCCUGGUUUAAUUUAAUUACAUUCAGAAAUAACAAAAACAUUCAAAAUUUAAAUUUAUGUGCAUGCCAUUUAUUUAUAAAAAUAUAUAUUCAUACAAUUAUUACAUGAUAAGGAAAUCUCCAUUUUUAAUUCUCUUUUCCUGAUUGACCAAAUUCAGUCAUACACAGAACUUUCAUACAGUGACUUACUAUUUUAUUCGUUCUGUAUAUUUGUGCUUUGGUCUCUUUAUAUUUAUAUAUUUGUGCUUUUGUCCUCGUUAUUUUAUCUCUGUAUACUUCUACUUAGUGCUUCUAUUUAGAAUAAAGAGACAGAAGCAUGAAAAUCAAUAACCCACUCAUCAGACAUUUUUGCUGUACUACAGAGGAAUGACCAGUUAAGGCUAGAAACCUCAGUAUUUACUACUGUUUUCAAAACUUGGGUUUCUAGAUAAUAUUAUUGCUUCAGUGAUUGAAGAGAGUAAGUAUAAUAUGUAGUCAAAUAGAUAAAAAACAGGAUAACUAAACCAAUUUGUUUUCUGUUAAACAUAUGACAUCUGUGUGUUGCCUGGCACAGUAUUAUUAAAAUUUGCCUAAACAAGCUCUCAUGAUGUUUUCAAGUUUCAUGGAAUGCUUUGUCUAUACUUGGACUUGAGUCUUCAUAAUGACAAAGGCUCUUAACAGUUAUUUUUCUUUAACACACAAACUAUAUCGUUUUUAGAAACUUAUAAUUCAUCUUCCUAGUUAUAUUUCUGCUAAGUUUGUGAAAUUGUACUAUACUAGUAUGGGAAGGGUAAAACUGUUUAUGUAUUUAGAUUUUGAAAAAUAGAAUCGUGCAUUUUAGAUAAAUAUAUGGUAACGUGGCACUUUGGUAAAAGAAUGUGCAAUUAUAAAGGUUUAUGCCACUUUAAUUUUUUAAACCCUGGAAUUACUCUCACUAGGCUUUAGAUUCAAAGCCAAACCCAAUUCUAAGACUAGCAUUUCCCCUACUGGUAAUUCCUGUUUUUCUAAUAAUAUGGAACAUUAACUUAAACCAUUCUUUUCAAUGAGUAUUCACUUACCUUCUCUAUCCUGACUGCAAAACCUUUAACUUAAGGAACAUUUUUAAUUAACCCAGUGGCAAUCAGAAAAGCAUUUUAGGUAUCCUGGCCAUUUAAUCUUGUACCUCAUUUCAGUAAUCUUUUCAAAAUAGCUAAAUUCCCGAAAAUGAAUAUUCAAAUAUUUUAAUUGAGUUUUAAUGGUUAAGAGCUACUGAGCAGUUGAUAUGUAUGUUGUCAUAUUUUUUCCUAAAAUCUGGACCUGUCUAAAUAACUGAGUAUACAGAUGUACUUAAAACAUAUAUAUCCCCAAAGAGAAAUAAUUAAAUAUAUAAUAAAUAGAAUUCCGUAUGCUUAUUGAUAUCAUAUAGAUACACUCUUAUUAGGAUACCAGUAUUUUACUAUGAUAUACCCAUGGAUAGUAGAAGCAAAAAGAAUAUAAAUGCUCGAUAUUAACUGUUGGCAUCAAUACAGGUUAUGCACAGUCUGUUGCAAUAAAAGGUAUUCAUUAUGCCUGUAUCUGAAGAAUUCCCUGUUAGUUUUUUCUGGCCUUUUUCAUUUUAGGUUGCACAAUCAUUUUAAAUGUAAAUAAAACAGAAUAUAUGAAUAAAUGAACAAAAUAAUGGCCCCAUUUGCCAUAUGAUUAAAUAUUCUGUUGAAUUUUUUGAGGGACAUUGGCUGCUGUAGAUUAUGACGUAAACCUGAUUGUUCACAAGCAACAUGAGAGUCUUAUGUAAAAGUCCCAGCAUUUAGAAAUUAUACAUAUUUUCCUUUCCCCACAAGAUGGAUUCAGAAUUGAUAAUUUAAAUUUAUAAUUUUAAGCUGCUAGUUAUUAAAGAUUACUAUAUGGAUUUAAAGAUUAAAUAAUAUAAGAGCUAUAAGCCUUAAAAUAUUUUAGUGAAAAAUUAAUUACCUGGAAAAGAAGGCACUUUAUUACCUUGAACUAGCUAUUUGUCUGUAUAGAAUAUGUCUAAAAUCUCUUAAAAUAUUCUUUAUCCUUUUAUAAAUUUAUCCUAUUUAUAUGUUUUUCUAAAGCCACUUAGAGUAUAAUGUAAUAAAUCAAACUAUUUUAAUUUAACAGAACAGUAUGUUACAUAAUAUAGCCAAUGAGCAAUACAGAAAUAAAACUUAAGAGUAACAAAAGUAUAUGUGAUAAUGGCAAAACUGUCUAAGUUAGUCUACAAUCAUUUGCAGUUAAAAUAUUGUAAAAUUUGAAGACUUUAUCAUUGAACAAUUUUUGGACAGUUUUUAUUUUUAAAUUUCUUUUUUAAAUUUUUACUACCUUAAUUGAAAUGUUGAUCAAAUAUAAGGGCAAUCAAAAUUAUUCAGCUAGCCUAUCACAGCUCAGUUUUAUUUUAGCUGAAUUUUUUAAUGUAAAUCAGUUUCGUUUCUUCUUUGCUCAAGUCAGUCAUACCUGGUAAAUUAUCAAAUUUAAAUCAGUCACAUAAAUAUACUGCUAUGUGCGGUGUUUCUUCUUCAGGAAAUGGGUAGAUUUAUAGAAUGGAUGUAGUUCAGCAAGAAAAGCAAGAUAUUUUUUCAAAAGGGUUCUACCCUCUCAAGUUAAACUUAACAUCUUCCUGACAUUUAUUAAGAUAGGCUAACUUUUCAUUCAGAAUGUUUUUCAACAGAAUAUUUCAAAGUGAACAAACUUUGCUUUCUUUUUUGUUUGAGAACAAAAUAUUUUAAAAAAUCAAAACAUUUUUCUAUAAGGUUACUUAUCUUUAAUUCUUUCUUUGUGUAGCCAUUUUUCUAUCUCUAGUUUGAAAUGUUUUUUACUAAAUGUAAAUGCAGUUCCUUAGAUGAAGUCAUCAUUACAUGGUAUAGAAAGAAGUCAAGUUUAUCAGGUCUGUCCUUAUCAAAGAAAGACUAAAGACAAAUUCCAUGUCAGUUGUUUGGUUUGUUUGUUUUCAUUUUAAAAUAAGAUAUAUUAACCCAAAGGUGUGUUAAUGUCAAGGCAUGAACAAUCUUAAAUGUAGAUCGAUUGAGUAUUUUGUGAUGCUGAAUAACAGACUUUUCUCAAAUAUCUGUGAUGCUAAAUAUUUUCCUUAGAAAGUUUUGUUUAAUGUUAGAUUGUUGUUCUGAAAGAUGUUGGUCCUAGUGGGAUUUUUAAAAAUUUGGAAAACAAAUAACCGCAUGUAUUACAAGUAUAGAUAUGGUGAAUUGUAAACUUACCGUAUAGUACUGAUUCUAUUUUCAAAAAUGUUUCACUGUUAAAUAUAGACAACAUAAAAUUGCUGCUGUACUGUAAUUGAGUACUUUUCCUAAAUGACCCUGUUAUCACUAUUCCAGAAUUAGAAGUUGGGCAGAUACAUGAUUGAUUCAUGUGUCUGCAUAGAUGCUUCAAGGUAUAUUCUUCUCUUGGUGAGUAAAAAUAUAUUUUCCUUGGCAUCAAUGCAUUGAGAUCUGAAUAUACCUGUAUCUAUUCUUACUGCACAUUUCUUAUACAGUAUCUUCUCAUAUGCCAAAAUUGACCUAGGCACAACUAAAAUUAAGGGUUUGUUACAUGCUUUCUAACAGAAAGGUUUUCAAUAAUAUAAUGGGUUUAUACUGUAAAAAUAGUGGAACUCCCUUUAAAAUUUCCUAUUUGCUAAAUUUAAAUUAAUAUUUUUUCUUUAGCUCACAAAUUGCCCUAAAUCCAGAGAGAAUAUCAACCCUUUUCACUGUUGUCAAACCAAGCAUAAGGAACAGCCCAAUGAUACUACAAAAACAGUUGAGGAGUAAGGAAUAAAAUCUCUAAUGUUACACUCCAGAAUAAAGACAUUUGGUGAAAGAAAUGAACCGAAGUUCAUCAUGAAUCCAAGGCUUCUAUACUUGGCAUUCCUCCACGGAAAGGAAGACAAGUAUCAACACCAUUGGCAUCAUUUUCAAACUGAUCUUAUGUGGAAAACCUUCCACCACAGUGGAGUACUUCUUGACUCUUUCCAGAUUUUUGGUUUCUUGUUUAAUUCAUCCAGCCUUUCCAUUUUCAAACCACCAUUUGUCAGCAUUGAGGUACAAGACACGUAGAUUUGAAAAUACUUUCUCAAGAGAUCAUGUAACUAUACAACUCUGAAUUUAAAAAUUGAGGGGGAGGGAUCAUUCAACCCAAUGCCUCUUACAAGAAACAUUUUUUUAAAAUCUGUAACUGCUGUAGUGUUAACAGGGUACAAAGUGUUUUUUGUCUUGUAUUGUACUUAAAAGGUUCUCAUUGAUUGUGAUCGUAUCGUACUGUAUAAAAAGAAAUCAUAAAUUGCCUUGUAUUGUUUAUAAUAGACCAUACCAUGUAAUACUUUGGUUUCCAUGUUCCAAGUUUUUCAGUGAUGCAUGUUAACAGUUAGGUCCUAAAAUUCUGUGGUGCUAAUUCUUCCAUAUCCAAUGGUGCUUUUGUGGAUGCUAACUGCACACAUGCUGAACAAAGCUUGAAGUUUAAAACUUUCCUCCCUUCCUCUGUUUAUAUGAAGUAAAAUAAAAUAACUUGAAUUUGUCUCAAAGUAUCAUUGACAAUCUAAUAAACUGGUUUAUAUGUGUAA